AUGAUAGAUGAUGCUGUCUCCGCAACUGGGGUGCCUAUUUUCGCCGCAACCCUCUUUUGCUUCGUAGAUCAAGGUGUGGGCUUGUGUGUCUGCUACCAUCACAAUGCUGUUGAUGCCACUGGAUUCACGGAGGUCGUACGACUCUGUUCUAUUAGAGUUUUGGCCACAUCCAAUGAGGAAGCAAUGCGGUCGCUUUUCAAGAUAUGUGCCCGCAUUUCGGAGUCUCAGUCACACUCUAAGAUCAAUUCGCGUCACAUCGCCGAGCUCUACCGCUUGGUGAAUUGUAUGGAAGAUUAUAGGUCUCUUUUCGCGGGUUGGGACCUCGGGUUGGGACCUGUUUGGGUCGCGUGA